AUGCCGGCGCAAAUGCAAUCAUCAACCUGGCCCCUCCCCUCCAGAUCACUCCUUUCAACCACUUCGACUUCGACGGCCUCCCAGAACACCCAACUCAAGCGCAUCACUGUCGCUGAGCACGCGUCCCAUCUCGCCAGCCAACGCCUCAACCGGCCCGUGAGCCCUCACCUCUCGAUCUACCGCCCGCAAAUCACAUGGUACUCGGGCGCGCUGAUGCGCAACUCGGCCAUCCUGAUCACCGCCCCGGUAUACAUCUUCGGGGCGGCAUAUCUGAUCGCCCCGCUUGUGGGCUGGCAUCUCGACACGGCCAGUGUGGUCGAAUGGUUCGGGUGUCUGCCACAGGCCGCAAGGCUGUCGAUCAAGGCCGUCUUUGGAUUUCCGUUCUGCUUCCAUAUCGUGCACGGCUUGAGGCACCUGAUCUGGGACACGGGGAUGAUGUUGACGAACAGACAGGUUGCGAUCAGUGGGUGGAUUGGUCUGGGGGUUAGCGUCCUAGCGACGAUGGGGUUGGUGGUGUGGUAA